UCACUACCCAUCCAAAUAAUCUCAUUUUUGGCAAUUUCCCAUAAAACAUCGUGUUGAAAAAUAAUAAUGAUAACCGGAACGCCAUAUUCCACGGCUUCUCCGUCGCACCAAGGCUGAGCUCUCCGGUGUAGUGAGAGAGAGAAGAGGAAGAGAAGAGAGAGAAGGAGCAGGACAACGAAGCGUUUCUGACAAUGGAAAUGGAAAUCAUAGACUUUACAAGAAAACUAAUUAAAUUAUCUCCAUUUCUGCUCUACGCGGCUAUAUGAAUGCUUCAUUCUUCCUUUUCUUUUUUCAUUUUUUUCAUGAUUUGGAUCUUGGAAAACCCACCCCCCCGACUUGGUUCUUCCCUCGAGAUCAUUAUUCUGUGAAUUUCCUUCAUCAGUGAUCAGUCAAUUUUCAGAUUUUUUUUAACUUUUUGACAUUUAUUCCUCUCAUUGGAGGAGUGCGUAUUGGUAGAUAGCAAGCGAAAUGCAAAUUGUUUAGAAAUUUAGCUGCUGUACAUUUUGUUGAAGAUGAAGACAACUCAGGCAUGGUGUCCUAGUGAGAUGCAGAUUUUGCCAGGGUCUCGCCAUCGUACUCAUAUGAAAAAGCCGUUAUGGAUUAUCGUCUUGGUUUCCUUUAUCAUUGUCUUCCUUAUCUCUGCUUACAUGUAUCCACCCCAAACUAGUGGUGCCUGUUACAUUUUUUCUUCUCGAGGUUGUAAGGUCAUUACGGACUGGCUUCCACCUGCUCCUGCUAGAGAACUUACUGAUGAAGAGGUUGCUUCUCGUGUUGUUAUUCGAGAAAUUUUGAACUCACCUAUUGUAUCUUCAAAAACUCCAAAGGUAGCAUUUAUGUUUUUGACUCCUGGGUCUUUGCCGUUUGAGAAGCUGUGGGGCAAAUUUUUCAAUGGUCAUGAAGACAAAUUCACUGUUUAUGUCCAUGCAUCUAAGGAGAAACCAACUCAUGUCAGCAGCCACUUCUUGAAUCGGGAUAUUCAUAGUGGUCAGGUAGUGUGGGGUAAAAUUACCAUGGUUGAUGCGGAGAGAAGAUUGUUGGCAAAUGCUCUGAAAGAUCCAGAUAAUCACCAUUUUGUUUUACUUUCGGAUAGUUGCGUGCCUUUGUAUAGUUUUGACUAUAUCUACAAGUAUCUGAUGCAUUCAAAUAUAAGUUUUGUUGACAGCUUUAAGGAUCCUGGGCCACAUGGGAAUGGCAGGUAUUCAGAGCACAUGUUACCGGAAGUGGAGGAGAAACACUUUAGAAAAGGUGCACAGUGGUUCACAAUGAAACGGCAGCAUGCUUUAAUAGUUUUGGCUGACAAUCUUUAUUACUCCAAAUUUCGCGAUUACUGCCGGCCAGGUUUAGAAGGGCACAAUUGCAUAGCUGACGAGCAUUACUUGCCGACGUUUUUCAAUAUGAUUGAUCCUACUGGAAUCGCAAAUUGGUCAGUAACACAUGUUGAUUGGUCUGAAAGAAAGUGGCAUCCAAAAUCGUAUAGAGCCGAGGAUAUUACCUAUGAGCUUUUGCAGAAUAUUACGUCGAUUGAUGUGAGUGUGCAUGUUACAAGUGACCAGAAGAAAGAAGUACAAAGGUGGCCUUGUUUGUGGAAUGGUUUACAACGGCCAUGUUACCUAUUUGCAAGAAAAUUUUAUCCUCAAGCUUUGGAUAAGUUGCUGUAUCUUUUCUCCAACUAUACAACAAUUUGAGUUAGGUUUUUAUGUUUACAUUUACUUUUGAAGUUUCAAAUUCUUUUGGAACAUCAAUAACUUCAGAGUUUUCUGUUCAAUCUGGCCUUUUAUUCAGUUCUAGGUUGUAAAUUCCUGGCCUUGGGAAGGUUUGAAUGUGACCAACCACCUUUCUUGUGUGCAUCGACCUGCUUGCCGAGUGUCUGGUGAUCUGAGAUUGAAGGAAACUAACAUGUUGGUGUUGCUUCCUCGGGGAUGGGCAUAUUUUCUAAUUUUUACUUCAUAUUUUUUACUUUUUUUUCUUUUUUCUUUAGAACAGAAGAACAGACAAUUUUGAAGGAAGAUAAUUUCCUUAGAUCUUGUAGUAAUAUUUUGUAAACAUGUGGAUCUGAAAUUUUGUUCUUGCAAAUUUUUACAAAUAUAUAUUUUAAGUUUCAAAGUACCACAUUUCUGUGCUGCACUUCAAUUGCAAAGCUCUACAAACAGGAAGGACAAAAAGCUCAACUUAUCUCAUAAGGUUUGGAAAUGGACUAAUUGCACUACUCAAUCUGUUAACUUUUAUAUGUCCAGAACAUUUUCCUCCUCUGCUUCUAGUUCAUUAGAAACCGACUUUCCAGGCGCUUUUUGCAGAAGUGCCAUCCUUCUAAUGCCAAAGUCAAUUGACGUUAUCCAUAAUCUCGUCCACAUUGAUCACGACAAAGCCUUCACGUUUGGCAACCAAGCUGAUCCACCGCAACUCAUAUCUACAUCCACUCUAUGACCAAAAUGAGACAGUUGAGGACCGAUCGAAGAGAGAGCAGACAAGCUCAAUCGAACGCUUUGAUUUUCUCGAGUCAAAGAUUAAAGAACUGAAGUCUGUUGGUAAUGAAGCUCGAUCAAGUCUCAUUCCUUUCAAUCGAGGUAGUGGGUUUCUUGUUAAUUUGUCAAUCGGUUCGCCACCCGUGACACAGCUCGUAGUGGUCGACACUGGUAGCUCCCUCCUGUGGGUGCAAUGUUUGCCUUGUAUCAACUGUUUUCAACAAUCGACCUCAUGGUUCGAUCCUUUGAAAUCAGUAAGUUUCAAAACAUUGGGUUGUGGGUUUCCUGGGUAUAACUACAUUAAUGGUUACAAAUGCAAUCGGUUUAAUCAAGCUGAGUACAAGUUGAGGUACCUUGGUGGGGAUUCCUCACAAGGAAUUCUUGCCAAGGAAUCACUUCUCUUUGAGACACUUGAUGAAGGUAGAGUUUUUCAAUACAAUGCUAUUUCAACACAAAUAAGUUGAUAAAUAAAUUUGACUUUCUUAA